AUGGAUGCAAACAAAAGUAAUGACACCAAUUUAGAGAAUGUUACAUUGCCCUUCCCUGAACCACUUCGCAGUCAUCCAAAGGUCCAACAAUAUCUGAGAACUAAAGAUAGAGAACCUACUGAAAAUAAUAAAUUGGUACAAAAAGUGAAAAAAUGGAUUACAUCAAGACUUUUAAAGGAAGGUCUAGACGAGAAUUCUUUCGCCUCAAGAGAUGAGAAAGAGUUAGACACUAAUUCAAGAAGGCUUUCUGGGUUAGAGUUCUCUCCAUUUGAAAUAAACUUAACAGAGGAACUUAAUAAUUCAAAAAAGAGAAACAAUAAUGCUGAAUUUCCCUUUGCAAUUGAAGAUAGCGAUGAUAAAAGUAGUGAAGACACAUUUUUAACUGGACAUAACGUCACUGCCAAAAAUAUUCCAAGAUGCCCUUUACCACGGCCCCUAUACUCUUCAUCCCCAAAGUUAAACGUACCUGGCGAACAUAAAGACAGAAUAUACCAAAAUGGGGAUAUAUUUAGUAAAAUUGACGGUCCUUUAGACUUGGCAUCUGUUGCUCAACUAUCAAACUAUUUGAAAAACAAGCGUGUCACUUGCCAACAAUUAAGAAAACGUCUUCUUAAUGUUGCUCUGAAGAAGGAAGCUGAAUCAAAGUCGAUAAAUAAGUUCUUGAAAGAUUUAAAUAAUUGGGGAGAAAACUCUUUGAUUAAAGACGACUCAGGCGAUACAGAAAGUGUUUUAAAAGAAAUAAAUGAUCUAUUCACUAAGGACCAACAACUUCAGUUUGAAAUCUCAAAUAAAAUAAAGGACCUUUCAAAAAAUUUAGAAUAUAUUGCCUUACAAGAGGGAGAAUUAAUUAAAGUAGGUAAACAUCUAGUUCGUGAUCACAAGAAGUAUUUAUAUAUUAAAGAAAGAAAAGGUGACAAUUUUACACAGAUUAACUUCCUUCUGGACAAAAUAAGCUACUCAGCAACUAGUUACAAUGCCAUUAGAACGUGUUUUCAAGACAAAAUCCGUAUAAAUAUGAGGGAACUGUUCCAAAAAUUGAGUUAUGAUUAUUACGAACAUGCUGCUGACUUGAAAGAGGCUUCUAAGGAAGCUGUACGCCAUUGUUUGGCGGCAUUAGAGGCGAAUGAUGUAGAGAACUUUACGCCACAGCUUGAAGAACUAAGAAGGAGACGAGUAGAGAAGCUGUGGUCAACUCUUUCACCAGAAGAGAGAGCCAAUCCAAGAAAAUGGGAAAAUAUCAAAAAUGGAAUAUAUGACUGUAAUGAUUCUCUGUUGAAAGAAAUUUAUAAGAGUUUGCCCGUAGAUUACACACCUUCUCCAUUAUUGCUUCAUACUGAACAACCAAGCUUGAAUUUUAAAACUGGAUUGGAAGACAGUACUACAGAAAUAUUUUCCAAUGAUAGUGAAUAUAAUCCACUAACAACAAACACACACUUCAUGAAUAAUCAGUCACUCAUCCCUGGUUAUCUUGUAGAUGAACAAAAUAAUGCAGAUGGUGGCAGUAAUACAAUAUCAAAUAGCCCUCGUGGCGUAAUGAGUUAUGAAGUACCGACAAUACCACUACAAUUCAAAGAAAAUAAGAAGGAAAACGAAUUAAUUUUGAAGAAGAAUACUGUUAGUAAAGAAAUCAUUGAUCAAACGGACAACCCACACAAAAUACAUGUAUUGAAACCUGUCCCGUUACAAAUUGAAAAGGACAUGAAACAAAGACAUGUCAGAGAAAUUUCUGGACAUAAUAACGCAUCAAGACAUUUGCAAAAGAAGGCAGAAUAUACGUUUGAAACUGCUGAAUUAGAAGCAAAUGUUUGGAAUGGUACUUUAAAUUCUCGUUGA